CAUUUGACGUAUAUUUACAAAACAAGAGUACCACGUCGCAAGAAAAAUAAUGCGCAUCGACAUUUCGUACUUCAGAACCGUAUUAUAGAGCAGCAUGAACUGUCGAUCAGAGGUCCUGGAGGUGUCAGUGGAGGGUAGGCAGGUGGACGAGGCCAUGCUAGCCCUCCUGCACACGAUCCUCCUGCACCGCAGCACAGGGAAAUUUCACUAUAAGAAAGAGGGCACGUACUCCAUCGGCACAGUGGGAACUCAAGACAUGGACUGCGACUUCAUCGACUUCACAUUCGUGCGAGUGUCUUCUGAUGAGCUGGACAGGGUCAUCAGGAAAGCGGUAGCAGAAUUUAAGGAUGCUCUUGGCAAUUCCGGAAGUGACGGCAUGGGUCAGAUCUCUGUGGAGUUCUACCAGAAGAAGAAGUCACGCUGGCCCUUUUCUGAUGAAUGCAUCCCUUGGGAGGUCUGGAGCAUCAAGGUGAACGUGGUGAACCUGGCCAACGAACAAGAGCGUCAGAUCUGCAGAGAGAAAGUUGGCGAGAAGCUCGGCGAGAAAGUCAUCAACAUCGUAGAGGUGAUUAACCGUCACGAGUAUCUUCCCAAGAUGCCCACACAGUCAGAGGUGGACAAUGUGUUCGAUACGAGUUUGAAAGACGUCCAGCCGUAUCUGUACAAGAUCACGUACCAGAUCACAGAUUCUCUGGGCACGUCAGUGAGCACAACCAUGAGGAGGCUGAUCAAAGACACGCUGGCUUUGUAAAAAUGUGACCGUGAAGCUGCUGGAGCCUAAUGGUUGUUGGACAUUUAUGAUGAUCUUGUAAAAAAAACUAAAAAAAGAAGGAAAAUCUCUAGCGGGAUUUAAAAAUAAAUUCACUACACUUUUAUAUUAUAAUAACGGCAUCCAUUAUCCUUUAUCUAAUUCAAACAAGCAUCCAGUUCAGUUAUUUUUUGUUGUUUUUGUUUUUAAUUAUGCACCCUAAAUUAUGUCAUAUUGUUGUUCGUUUGAAUUUGUUUGUCUGUGUUACCCUGAUAAACACAAAUUUAAGAAAAACAUGCGUGUUAGUGUUCUUGGAAAAUGCAAUGUGUGAACGAUUGCAAACUGUUUUAUAAUCAUCACAAUUAAGCCAAAAGUAGGUGUUUUUUCCAUGAAUUCACUUCAUUUCAGAUGGUCUUUUAAAGGCUGUUCAUAAUAAAAUAAAAUAAAAAUAAAAAAACAUGCAUAUUCCGUAAAAAAAAAACAAAAAAACGUCUUUACCAUUAAUUCUUCCCACAUUUAAAUAUUUUGCACUUUAGUUUAUAUAUAUAGAAAAAUAAUUCCAAUGACAAGACUUUCUGUCAAUUUUUAAACUGACAUAAUGUCCAUAUUACGGUAUAUGAAAUAAACACAAGUUCAGUUACACAGUAUUGAUAUUUAUUUUAUAAAGCAAGCACAGAAAACAGUAGAAAAUGCUUUAACACAAAAACUGAUACAGUUUUUAAAGCCACAUUAGAACAAUUCAAGUGCUUACAAAUAUUAGUUAUUGCAGUGAUACCACAGGAAUACCAAAAAAGGCUCGGUUUCACAAACAGGGCUCAGAUUAAGCCAGGUUUAGGUCAAUUAAGGCAUUUAAGUAGCUUUUAUAAAUGUGUCAUAGAAAAAAAAAUGACACUGGCAUAUUUUAAGAUAUGUCAGUGCAAGUUGCUUUAGUUAAAACAGCUCAAACAUGCAAUUUAGACUGGGACUAUCUUAAACCUUGUCUGUGAAACCGGCGGGGGAUAAUUUUCAUGUACAAACAAAGACCAUAAAAAUGAGUUUGAGGAUUAAACGUUCUGUUCUGUCAUCACUAUUCAUUCAAUGUCAUACAAUCUUUCAAUGAACCAUGUUAAGAAAUUGAUCCUUUACUGAGUGAAAUGCUCGUUUUAAUCACCUAUGGUUUAACUCUUAACCCCAAAGAAAAAGAUGAUGUUAAGUGUCAUGUAAUACUGGGGACAAAAGUAAAUGCAAACUAAAUCAGGUAUUACUAUCCUGAGAAAUAGCCAACAUAUUCAUUAAUCAAUACCUUUUGGGGG